AUCUAGACUAGAGUAAGGGAGGGGAAAAACAAUCCGUAGUAUUAAAACCCGCGGGAGCAGCUGUUCGAAAUCUUGCAGUAAAUGACAAGCAGCCGCUCUGGUGCUGCAGUCGCAGAAGUGCGGAGGUAGAGCGGCGCGACCCACUCCCACUUUGGACUUACUUUCACCUGAUACUUCACAUACACUGCCAUCUGACCAUAUUGUCAGCUUUCAUUCAGCUUCACCACAGCUACGGCAUCACCAUGCCGCUGAAUUCAAGUAUGGAGAGUAAAAAUUACGAUUACGACUACGACUCCUACCAGCCCUAUUUCUAUUUCGACAACGAGGAUGAGGAUUUCUAUAACCACCAGCACGGACAGCCACCGGCGCCCAGUGAGGAUAUAUGGAAGAAAUUUGAACUGCUCCCCACACCGCCGCUCUCCCCCAGCCGGCGUCCCUCGCUGUCAGACCCCUUCCCCUCCACAGCCGACCAGCUGGAAAUGGUGUCGGAGUUUCUCGGGGACGAUGUGGUGAACCACAGUUUUAUUUGCGACGCGGACUACUCCCAGUCUUUUCUGAAGUCGAUUAUCAUUCAGGACUGUAUGUGGAGUGGAUUCUCCGCCGCGGCUAAGCUGGAGAAGGUGGUGUCGGAGAGAUUAGCGUCGCUCCAGGCGGCGAGGAAAGAGUCUUCCAGGAGCGACUCUGUGGACGGCUGUCGGUCCAGCCCUAACGUCAGCUACCUUCAGGACAUGAGCACCUCUGCCUCACAGUGCAUUGACCCAUCAGUAGUGUUUCCUUUCCCGCUGACUGACAGCUCAAAGCCGUGUAAACCGUCAUCCACACCGACUCCCACAACACUGCCACUGGAUACUCCACCAAACAGUGGGAGCAGCAGCAGCAGUGACAGCGAUUCCGAUGACGAAGAGGAGGAGGAAAUCGACGUUGUCACGGUGGAAAAGAGAAAGUCCGUGAGAAAGCCUGACCCAAACGCAACGCAUCAAAGCCCCGUCGUCCUCAAGCGGUGUCACGUUAAUAUUCACCAACACAAUUACGCCGCGCAGCCAUCCACGCGGAGCGAGCAGCCUGCAGUCAAGCGGAUUAAAUUCGAGAGUCACAUCCGGGUGUUUAAACAAAUGAACCACAACCGUAAAUGCGCGAGUCCUAGGACGUCGGACUCUGAGGAUAACGACAAACGCAGGACUCAUAACGUGCUCGAGCGGCAACGGCGGAACGAGCUCAAACUCAGUUUCUUCGCGCUGAGAGACGUAAUUCCUGAAGUGGCCAACAACGAGAAGGCUGCCAAAGUGGUGAUCCUCAAGAAGGCGACGGAGUGCAUAGCGACCAUGCAAGAAGAUGAACAAAAACUGAUCUCGCUUAAGGAACAAUUAAGGAGGAAAUGUGAACAUUUGAAACAGAGACUUGAGCAGUUAAGCUGUUCUUAAGUUGCUUGGACUUAAUUUAUGGACUGAACUUGUUUUAAGCAUCCUUGUAUGGUUCUGUCAAGUCAAUACAAGGUCUCGAGGGUGUGGCAAGUAGUGAGCAAUCUGACAUUGAUUUAUACAGUUACACUGCCUCAAUUUGAACAUAAUGGAGGUUAGACUUAUUUGUAUUUUAUUUUUUAGUAAUGAAAUGGUCUGCGGUUCCAUUUACUGUUGGCCUUAAUUUAAUGUUUUGUUUUUGUAAGUUUUGUACAUACUGCACAUAUGUAUUCAAGAUGCUGUUGAUUUCUGAAUCAUAAAAUGCAUUUCUCUAUAAAACUGUGUUUUUGGCUAA